UCCCGAGGAGCCAAAAUGGCGGCGGCGGCGGCGGCGGAGCUGGAGCGCGUCCGCGUCUCGGCGGCGGAGCUGAGGAGGGGCGUCCUGGCGGCGGCGGAGGCGGCCUCCUCGGGGGCGGCCCGGGGCAGCGGAGGACCAGAGACCACAAAGGAGCCUCGCCACCGCAAGGACAAUCGGCGCCCUGACCUCGAGAUCUACAAGCCAGGCCUCUCCCGACUGCGAAAUAAGCUCAGCUUCUCAGCCAAGCAGGAGGAGGCCAAAGGAGGCACCCUGGCUGGCGACAGAGGAGCUCCCCUUGCUCCCAGCAAGGAAGAGCCCCCAGCCCCUCAGGACCCUCCCAGGGGAAGCAGCCAGCAGCAGCCCAAUGGCCUCUUGGAAGGCGCUGCCGAGGCAGGGGCCCCACAGGAUCCGGGGGUCUCUCCUGAGGACUGGUGUCCUCGUAUCAUCCGGCGAGCCAAGAAGCCUGACCAGCAGAUCUACCAGCCAGGGAAGCGCCUGCAGGUCCCCUCCAAGGAGCCCGCAGCCCCCCAGCUGGCGGCCGAGGAGCCCCCCGCAAAGGGGGAGCGGGGCGAAGAGCCCGAAAGGGACGUUGGGAAGGGCUACAGGAAGCUAGCAGCCCCUGAGGGGCAGGAAGGGGGCCUGAGCCAGGAGGGUGCCAAGCUCCUCCGUGGCGGGGAGAAGGGCAGGCGGGCCGAGCGGGUCCGGAAAGGCGGUGAGGAGGCAGCUGCCCAGAGCAAGGCCCAGAGCACCCCGAAGCGCUACUCACGCUCGGACAAGCGGCGGAACCGCUACCGCACCUGCAGCACCAGCUCAGCCGGGAGCAACAACAGCGCCGACGGGGCCCGCGGGGAGGCAGAGGCCGGGCGGAAGCGCCAGGAGCCACCCAAGGAGAGGCCCCGUCCCCGGAAGCAGCUCUCUGCUUCCUCCACGGACUCGCUGGAUGAAGACAAGGCGGAAGAGGAGGAGGCUGAGGCAGCCCAUGGCUCCAGCAGGGACUCGGAGGCAGCCAAGAGGCGCCUGGAGCACGGCUGGCUCUCCCGGGGCACCGGUGGGCGGGAGGCCAAGGGAGCCCCAGCGUGCGGCAGGGGCGGCGGGCGGGGGGAGCCCUCCGAGGCAGAGUGGCGCAAGCGGAAGCCCUCGGAGGCCAGCCUGAGCGAUUCCAUGGAGGCCGCUGAAGUCGGGAAGGGCUCUUCCAGCCGGGAGCCCCAGGGCAGGGGCCGCGGCAUCCUGGUCCUCCCGGCCAACACGGACCUCACCGCCAGUGGUGCCGGCUCCCCCGAAGCCCCCCACUCAGGGCCGCGGCUCCUCUUCAGCGGCGGCCUGGGCAAGGGGACCAGGGGGAGGGGCAGAGGGGGCACCGCCCGCCGCCUGUGGGACCCCAACAACCCCGAGCAGAAGCCGGCCCUGAAGAGCCAGGCUUCCCAGCUGCACUUCCUCGACACGGACGACGAGGCGGCCCCUCCGCCCCGGGGGGACACCCGCCAGGCCCAGGCCUCCUACUACCGCUUCCAGAACUCGGACAACCCCUACUACUAUGGGCGGGCGGCAGCCCAAGCCCCCUCCUACCCCUACGCCGGGUACUCCCUGCCCUAUCAGGUCGGUCCCAUUAACGGGGUUUACCCGGGCACCUAUUACCCGCCAGGCUACCCGGGGCAAGCUGAGCCCUACCUGUGCAGCCCCCUCCUGGCCGGGCCCCUCAGCCCCGAGAUGGAGCAGCAGGUGCGCAGCCUGCAGCAGCAGGAUCUCAGCAAGACCCUCCGCGAAGCCAGCAACCUGGAGCAGCAGCUGAGCAACCUCCUGUCCCGGGACCGGCUCAGCCCUGAGGGCCUGGAGAAGAUGGGGCAGCUCAGGGUGGAGAUGCUGCAGCUGUACAAGCGCUGCCUGCUGACCGACAUCGAGUUUUCUGACGCCCAGAACGUGGACCAGCUGCUGUGGAAGAAUGCCUUCUACCAGGUGAUCGAGAAGUUCCGGCAGCUGCUGAAGGAUCCCCUUGGGGAGAACGCCCAGGAGAUCCGCACCAAGCUGCUCCAGAUCCUGGACGAGGGCAGCGAUUUCUUCGACAGUUUGCUGCAGAAGCUGCAAGGGACGUACCAGUUCAAGCUGGAGGAGUACAUGGACAUGGGCAUGGCUGUGCGCAGCAAGCCCCUGCGGAAGGCGGUUAAAUACGCCCUCAUCAGCGCCCAGAGGAGCCUGAUCUGCCAAGGAGACAUCUGCAGAUACCGAGAGCAAAGCAGCGACACGGCCAACUACGGGAAGGCACGCAGCUGGUACUUGAAGGCCCAGCACAUCGCCCCCAAGAACGGACGCCCGUACAACCAGCUGGCCCUCUUGGCUGUCUACACGAGAAGGAAGUUGGAUGCGGUCUACUACUACAUGCGCAGCCUUGCGGCCAGCAACCCCAUCCUCACUGCCAAGGAGAGCCUCAUGAGCCUCUUUGAGGAGACCAAGCGGAAGGUGGAGCAGAAGAAGAGCCCCAGCCGGCAGAGUAAAGGCAAGAAGUCGGCCUUCCGGCCUUCUGGGGAUGAUGCCACCCGCCUGGAGCUCUGGAUCCACCCCUCGCACCCCCACGCCAGCCAGGGGCACGAGUCCGGGCGGGACUCGGAGCAGGACAACGGCCUCGGCAGCCUCAGCCCCAGCGACCUGAACAAAAGGUUCGUCCUGAGUUUUCUCCAUGCCCAUGGGAAGCUGUUUACCAGGAUUGGGAUGGAGACCUUCCCUGCCGUGGCUGCUGAGGUCCUGAGCGAGUUCCGGGUGCUGCUGGGGCACAGCCCCUCGCCCAUCGGAAGCACCCGCCUGCUGCAACUCAUGGCCAUCAACAUGUUUGCUGUCUACAACUCCCAGCCCAAAGAGUGCCUCUCUGAAGACUGUCGCUCGGUGAUCCAGGAGCAGGCCACAGCCCUGGGGCUCUCCAUGUUCGCCAUGCUGGUCAAGCGCUGCACUGCUCUGCUGCGGGACGUCUCCCCAGCAGCUGCUCAGGGCCAGGAAGGCUCCGAGGACGAUGACAUCAAAGUCUCCUCCUUGCCGCAGGACCUGAAGGAACUGCUGCCCAGCAUCAAGGUCUGGUCGGAUUGGAUGCUGGGCCACUCGGACACCUGGAACCCCCCGCCCAGCACCCUGGAGCUGCCCAGAUCGGUCUCAGUGGACGUGUGGGCCACCCUGGCCGACUUCUGCAACAUCCUGACGGCCGUGAACCAGUCGGAGGUGCCGCUCUACAAGGACCCGGACGAGGACCUGGCCCUGCUCAGCCUGGAGGAGGACCGCCUGCUCUCGGGUUUCGUCCCGCUGCUGGUCGCCCCCCAGGAGCCCUGCUACGUGGAGAAAUCCUCGGACAAGGUCAUUGCGGCGGACUGCAAGCGGGUCACUGUGCUGAAGUAUUUCCUGGAAGCCCUCUGUGGCCAAGAAGAGCCAUUGCUGGCAUUCAAGGGUGGAAAGUAUGUGUCAGUGGCCCCCGUCCCAGACGCCAUGGGAAAGGAAGCAGCCAGCCAAGAGGGAAAACAACUGGAAGAUCAGGAGGACGAUGUCCGGAUCGAGGCUUUUGAGGACGACUCGGAGGCCGACGGCAGCGGCGGAGAGCUGGACAUCAGGGAGCUGCGGGCCAAGAAGCAAGCGCUGACCAGGAAGGUGGCCGAACAGCAGCGCCGGCAAGACAAGAUCCAGGCGGUGCUGAAGGACCAGGCCCAAGUGCGGCAGAUGGAGCUGGAGAUCCGCCCCGUCUUCCUGGUGCCGGACACCAACGGCUUCAUUGACCAUCUGGGCAGCCUGGUCAAGCUCCUGGACUGCCGGCAGUUCAUCCUUGUGGUGCCCCUGAUUGUCAUCAACGAGCUGGACGGGCUGGCCAAGGGCCCCGAGUCGGAGCACCGCGGGGGCGGCUACGCACGGCUGCUGCAGGAGCGGGCCCGCAAGGCGGUGGAGUUCCUGGAGGCGCGCUUUGAGAAGCGGGACAGCUACAUGCGAGCCCUCACCAGCCGCGGCAAUGAGCUGGAGUCCAUCUCCUUCCGCAGCGAGGACAUCUCCAGGCAACAGGGAAACAACGACGACCUGAUCCUCUCCUGCUGCCUCCACUACUGCAACGACAAGGCCAAGGACUUCAUGCCGGCCAACAAAGACGACCCGAUCCGGCUGCUGCGCGAGGUGGUGCUGCUGACGGACGACCGCAACCUGCGGGUGAAGGCGCUGACCCGCAACGUCCCCGUCCGGGACAUCCCCACCUUCCUGCGAUGGGCGCAGGAGGGCUGAGCCAGGCAGCCUGCAGGGGGCGCCGUCCCCAGGAAGCAGUGCCGCUCUGUGCCACCAGCAGGGGGCAGCCUUGAGGCGGAGGGGGGCCCUUGCGCCAAGCCACUGCCGCCCCCACCACCGUUCCCGGCUGACACCCACCAAUGAACAAUAAACGUGUCUCCAACCCGCCCGGAAUGGCCGUGCUGUGGGUGUGAGAGAGAGAGGGGGAAGUGUUGUGUCCGCACAGGCCACCGGGGGGGGCGGAAUAGGUGCGUGUCGUGUUCCCCCACCGAGGGGGGAGGAUAGGACAGCCAGAGAGGUCUCAAGUGGGCACCCCCAUAUUCCUUUUACUUGGCCAGGUGGGGCGAGGGGGGGAUCCUUUGUGUGGAAGUGUGUGAACCCCGAUCCACUCCCUGCUGCCCCCCACAUUGACAUCCUCUCUCUUCCAGCCCCCUCCUGGACCCUCGUCCUUCCAUUUUGCCACCCUGACACCUGCAUCACAGAUUUCUUGAUCUCGCACCCAUCCAUUUUCAUCAUCCCCAGACACACACACUCUCCUGGUCCAGCGGUGUGGGUUGCAGAGGGAGGCCUGGGCAUUGGGAUCAGACCUUUAAGCUGCAGGGUUUGGGGAGUGCGGUGUCAGGGCUGGGGGGGUGGAGAGAACAGGCAAGCAGGUUCCCCCAUGAAGGAGCUCUGAGGGCAGUUGGAGCUCACACAGAGAACGGCUGCUGUGAAAAAGAAGAAUUGUCCCCUUGGGAGCUUGCAUUUAAAUGGGGGGGGGAGCCUUAACUGGCCCCGGUCAGUUGCAUCGUUGGCCAUCCCCAGGCCCUUUGGGUCAGUGGCAGGCGGGGGGGGGCAGGGCAGGAUUGGGAACAAAAACAGAAAACCAAAAGAGCCAGCCAUGGAAAUGGACUUGUCCUGCAUUCGAAGGACGCUUUUUAGAUAAAACCCUUUGCUUCUGGAGGGGGUCACGCCAGAUGGUUUGGGGGCACAAUUCUGCCUUUCUUGGUCUGGAGAGGGGGAAUCACCUCUCCCGCCUCCACCUUUGGGGUCUUCUGCACUCAAGAUCGUCAGCCCCACCUGCUCGCCAAACAGGCGUGGACCCCGCCCCAUGGAUAUGGGGAGGGGCGGCCCUCCCACAGGCAGGUGUGUCUCUUCCCCCACCCCUUUUGUUCUGCUUUUUGGCCUGCCUGGGUUUGAUGGGGGGGCUUGUGACAGACAAAGUAAAAAAAAAAUGUUCCUUUGUUUUCUUAAUAAAAAUUUUAGUAGGGAAA